UAUUACCGAUUUUAAUCGAAAAAAACUGAAUUUGAAACCGCAAAACAAAGAGCCCUUUUACAUUUUCCUUUCUUAUUGUUGCUGGCUAGUUUGUUCUAUACAGCAGAAUUGUAUAUGAUUCGUACACUCAAAGUCAAUAAGGUCAACCAUCCCGUCACGCUAACACUCGAUGAGCAAGGGCUUCGAAUUGAAGGAGAUUUGACAGCUGCUAAGCCUUCAAGAACCGUAAAAACCGUUUGUUGUGUUCCAGUACCGCCUAAAAAGGGGCCUGAUCCAACUCUGUUACCUAUCGAUAAUUUGUACAUCAUCAAUGCUUCAUAUCAUAAACGCACCCGCAUGGUCAAUAUUUAUUCCGUAUUACCGGAAGACAGAACAGUCGAGGAUUCUCUUUCAGAUUUAUACAAAUUUUCAUAUUCGAUAGAAGCAGAUAGGGAGGAAGAAGCAGAAUCAUUCUGCAAUGCGUUACUAAGUCAGGCUUACGAGCUUAAUGGCGUACAAUUCGGCAGAAAAUUAUUAGUACUCAUAAAUCCAUUUGGUGGACAAGGAAAAGCGAAAGAAAUUUUUGAAUAUCAUGUACGGCCCGUUUUUGAAAGUGCCAAGUGUGCAUUUGAAGUGAAGUAUACGGAACACCAAGGACAUGCGUUGCAAAUCGCUCAAGAUUUGGACAUUAAUAAUUAUGAUGUUGUAGUUACUGUCAGCGGUGACGGUGUUAUACACGAAGUUUUAAAUGGAUUUUUGAAAAGGAAGGAUGCAAGAGAAGCUAUGAAAAAGAUUUCCUUGGGAGUCAUUCCUGGUGGUACCAGCAACUCGCUGAGUAUCUCCUUGCUGGGAGAAAAGCGAGGAUUUGAUCCAACCUAUACAGCAUUGCAAGUCAUCAAAGGAAAGCAAAUGGCAUUAGACCUUUGUUCUGUCGUAUACGAUGAUCACCGGUAUUUUUCUUUCCUUUCACAAAAUUAUGGUAUUACAUCCUAUGCAGAUUUGGGGACAGAGCACAUGCGUUGGAUGGGGGAUGCGCGAGUUGUGAUCGGCAUGUUCCAAGAGAUAUUCUCUCGCCAUACUUAUAAAAUUGAAGCCGCCGUGCAAGUGGUGCAAUCAGAUAAAGAGAAAAUCAAAAAGGAUUACGUCUCCUCUUAUGCUAGCGUUAGUAACAAUACUAUUGAUCGCGUCCCUUUGAACGAUUUAGAAGGCGAAGUGGAAGAUACCAUUCCUGAUUUAAAUCAACCAGUACCGAACGAUUGGAUAAAGAUUGAGGAUGAUAUAUCUUUCUUUUUAACCAGUAAAGUACCACUAUUAUCUAGGGGCAUGCUCAGCCAUCCUUGUGCGUUGCCCAAUGACGGAACCAUCGACUUACUGUUGGUGCGCGGGUCAGCGAGUAUUGCAAAACAACUGAAUGUGUUUUCGAAGGUUGAGACUGGUAAACAUAUUGAUAACAGUAUUGUUGAAUAUAUGAAGAUUAAAGCCUUUAGAUUGACACCAAUACUAAAAAGUGGUCAGAAAGGCUACAUAGCCAUUGACGGUGAACAUGCACCUGCCAAACCCUUCCAAGUAGAAGUACAUGCUCGCUUGGCGUCAGUUUUAACCAUAAAUCCUUCCUUUAUUCGUACCAACGUGUAAAACUUAUCUCUCUUAGAUCUUAAUUAUUUAAUUUAUCUUACUAUAUUCCAUUCACUCAAGACAUUGCUAUUCCCAUCUUUUUUUUUUUUUUAAAAAAAAAAAAAGAUCAUCUUACAGUCAUGACAGACAAAAAGAAAAGAAUAUGAAUACAG